AUGGACGAUCGCCAGAAACUCAAGGACGGUAAGGGAAAUCUUGUCACUGGCCGCCAGGGCUGGAAGCUCCCCAACACGUAUACGAACCUCGUUGAAGCAUGCCUCGCUCUUGAGAGCUCGUCGAAGUUCCAGCCUAUGAAAGGCGGUAAGGCGCUGGAUGCUUCCGGCAGGCCCGAACAACUCGGUUUGUGGAUCAAUCGUGGACGUAACCCGUUGUAUCGUCCUUCCAUUGCGGACCUUGACAGGUAUGCAAGCACCUGGUGGGGUUGGUGGGCUCGCCUCCAGCCGGAAUGGCGUAACAUCGACACACCGUCAGGGACGACGGCUAUCCAGCUCCCGCGUGAGGACGGUGUUUGGUCUGGGCUUGACAAGCCAGGAAUAAACGGCUUCGUAUCCGUCGUCGUCUCACUCAAAUGGUGGGCUGCGGAGACAUCCGACGCAUACACGGACCCUCGAUGGACCGCCGCUGUGGACGAUGUGUGCUGGGUCAUGAACUCUAUCGCUAAAUCCCGAUCUCAGUAA